GGGGCGCAAGAAGCUCCCCCUCUAGCUCCAUGCUACUCCAUGUGAUCCAUGCACUCCAUGCCAUGCGAGCCGUGAAACCUUAUAAAUUGCUCUGUUAUAUCAUCACUUUCUACCCCGUCAAUUUUCAUCGAAGUCAGAGGAUCGAUCUCAUUAAGUCAAAGGACCCCACCCCAUUCAAAUGCUUGCUGUUGACUACAAAGACGCGUGGUUUGUAGAAUUCCGCUUGCCGUUUUAUGAAUAUUGCUACUACUUCAUUAGUAUUUUCACCGUCUGAAAAAUAGAAGAUACCCGCGGAUCAGAGGAAUCCGAGGAAAAGUAAAAUCGCGCCUUAUAUCAGCACCUUCCCUUCUGAUGCUUUUCCUCGAAAUCAAAAGAUCCCAUUAAGUCAGAGGACCUCAUUCAAAUGUUUGCUGUAGACUACAAAGAUUCGUGGUUCGCAGGAUUUCGAUUUCGUCAAAAAUCAAUCUGUUUUCAAUUGAGGUCAGCCUAUUCUCCGAGGCCGUUGAUGUAGGCCAAUGGCUAGAACAGUCUUCAUCUUUAUAUGUCGGAGCUUAAAUUGUAUCAUCACUUUCUACCCCGUCAGUUUUUUGUGAAAUCAAAGGAACCCAUCAAGAGGACCCCACUCAACUUCUGUUUGCUGUAGACUACAAACACCAGCGCUUUGUAAGAUUACGGUUUUUCGAAUCAAAAACGUC